GUGGUUGUUGGAAGGAUAGCAAGCCAGUGAGCCGCCAACUGCAACACAGACUGCUAGUGGUGCGGUGCGACUGACUUCUUUCAACAUACCUCCUCACUACUCCACACAGUUCGGGUGAGGAUGCCGGAUGUUGCCUGGGUUUAGAGCCCUGCUGGCGGCUGUGACCGCUUCAUGGCUCCUGCUGCGGCUGUCCUCGGCGGGGUUCGCCUGCCUCAGCAACCCCUGCAUCUAUGGCAUCUGCAUGGAUGAUCUCAACAGCUCGUACACGUGCUAUUGCAUCGAUGGGUACACGGGCGUGCACUGCCAGACCAACUGGGACGAGUGCUGGUCGUCUCCCUGCCUCAAUGGUGGCGAAUGUCACGACGGUGUCGCCGCAUUCAACUGCUCAUGUCCGCCUGGCUUCCUAGGUGACCUGUGUGAGGAGAACGUGGAUGAGUGCAGCUCCAACCCAUGUGCGAAUAAUGCCACUUGCAUUGACGUAGCCAAUGGCUACUCUUGCAUGUGUCCUUAUGGAUACACAGGUUUACACUGUGAGGUAGAUAUUGCAGUAUGUAACAGUACAGAGGAAGCGCAAUGUCACAACGGAGCUCUGUGUGUGGAGGGCCCUGGCAUGACUUUCACCUGUAUUUGUGCGCCAGGCUGGAAGGGACGCCUCUGCAACGAGGUGAUAGAUGAAUGCUUCUCGGCGCCAUGCCAGAAUGGGGCAGUUUGCAUCAACCUUCAACAACCGACAGGCGGCUAUGCCUGUGCCUGCCUUUUCGGUAAUCAAGUCAACCGAAAUCAAUCAAUAUCGAGCCGCCAUUCAAUGCUGCCUACAAUCUCAUGCCUCAUCCAUUAUCUUAAGCUAGUCUGCGAUUUAGUGUGUCACUCAAGAUGCUGGAACGGAGGGACAUGUAUAGAUGGCGUGGACAACUACACGUGCUCGUGCCCACCCAGCCUCACUGGACGGCACUGCGAGUGUCUCAUCUUGGACAAUGGUCAUCUAGACUGUACAUAUGUAGUCACCACACCAGAGCUUCCAUUUACUACUUACCAUUAUCUACUCUCUUCUAGAAAAAUAUCGAUUGAAGAUCAUCAAUCAAAUCCAGUCACUUCUACUAGUUUUAGAACAUCAGUGGAGAUUUCGUCAUCUCCGAAAUAUGUGCCAAUAUUUUCACUAACAUCUUUGAAUCAAACUUCAGAAUUUACUACCGAAUUGCAAAAUGUAACUGAAGACCAGAGUGAAGUAACAACUGAUUUUUCUGACAAGACUUCGGAAGGAUUUGUUGACACUGUGACUCCUUAUUGGUCUAUUCACGAGUCUACUGGAAUCACAUCAAGCAAAGAAACAGACUCAACCACUAUCCAAUAUGAAUCAGACGCUACAGAAAAAACUCCUUCGAUGAUUCCAACAGGAACUUCAUAUUCGAAAGAAACAUUUGGUUAUACUCAGGAAACAAACCCAAUAAUCACAACUGAUAUCUAUACCGAAUCUACAGAGAAGGCUACAAGAUUGACUGACUUGACUGAGGAAUCAGCUUCUACUGUAACAACAGAUCUAUAUGAUAUUCAGAGAUCAACAGAAUUUCGUCACCAUACUACACCUUCUUUUGAGCACGGUUCAACUGCAGUUACAGAUGAAACAGAAACGAUGUUUUCAGAAGCAACUGUGAUUACAUCGCAAACAAGGCAAGGGGAUGAGUCUCUCCCUGACAUUCAUACAACCGAUAUGAUAACUGAAAUUGGACCCUCCACCGCUUCCACAACGACCAAAGUGACCAGAAAACAUCCUACCAGUCUCCAUCCAGAAGAUAGACAGUUCACUGACUGGAUUGCAUCCACAGAAUUCAAAUCCAUGUCCACAGAUAAAGUUCAUCCAACAGAUUCCUCAUUCACUGACUACACGACGCAGUUUGCUGAGACCAUGCCAACAUCUUCGAUAGGAUUCGACUCUUCCACUGAAUACUUUCUUGAUUGCACAAGAUUGCCUUGUCUCAAUGGAGGAACUUGCGUUUAUGAAAAGGAGAUUACAAAGUGCAGCUGUCCGUUUGGUUGGUCUGGAUUCCACUGUGAGGAACACUCAGGUAUCAGAGUAGCAGCAUUCACGGGCGUGUCCUACCUGGUGCACAAUCUCAACAACGGCACAGGCACGGUGGUGGGAGUGAGAGCGCGCACACUCGCGCCCACCGGCCUCCUCUUCUACGCGCAGACCAAGUCCUACAUCCACAUGGCGCUGUAUCUGCACAACGGCCUGCUCAAGUUCCUCUUCUCCUGCGGACUGCAGACCAUGCUCUUCAGCGAACUCAAGGAUCGCGUCAACAAUGGCUACCUAUUGAACAUUGUUGCUGUGGUUGAGCUGGUGCCUAGUGUGGACGAGCCCCUGCAGUGCACGGCGUUGGCCAUCCUCAGGGAGAGCGGCAACCUCAACUCACACCUCCUCUACCUGGGAGGUUUGCCUCCGCACAUGCUGCACCAGGUCGACCUCCCAGUCACCACUGGCAUCACUGGCUGCAUGGACAACCUUCUGAUCGAUGGCGAACCGAGGCAUAUCUACGAGAGUGCGAGAGAUGGAUUCGAAGUUACUGAAUGCGCUUCACUUGCAUGCCUCUCAAGUCCUUGCUACGGAGGCUCUACCUGCAUAGAAUACAAAGACCGGUGGAAUUGUCUUUGUCCAUCAGGAUAUAUUGGUGAAAGUUGUAAUCAGUCAGUUUGUAGCAACAACCCCUGCCAGUUCGGUGGGACAUGUGCCGAAUUUCCUGGAAGUGGGUUUAUCUGUCUUUGCCCGUAUGGAAAGCAUGGACUGUUCUGCCAAAAUGAUCUGGAAAUCGGCCAACCGUCAUACGCCCCUUCUGUGCGAGGAAUAUCAUCAUACACCGCUUACCCAUUGCCGGGAGCAGUCCACCACAGUUUCGAGAUUAGAUUCAGAUUUGUGCCCAGUUCAAUGGAUCAAAUAGCUCUUCUGCUAUUCAUAGGCCAAGGAAGAAUUCAUGAUUCUACUUCCGAUCAUUUAGCAGUGAGCUUUAUCAAAGGAUAUGUGGUUCUAACCUGGAAUCUGGGUUCUGGACCGAGGAGAAUAUUUACGCCGAAGUCGUUGGCCGGUCGAGCAGGCCGCGCCCACCUGGUGCGACUGGGGAGGGCGGGGCAGCAGGCCUGGCUGCAGGUCGACAACUUGCAAAAUGUCACUGGCCACACGCCUGGUCGCCUCUCACAGCUCAACACGCAGGCUGUCAUGUUUGUAGGAGGUCAUAAAUCGAUCAAUUUCAGUGGGCUGCCUCACGAUUUGCCGCUACAUACGGGGUUCACAGGCUGCAUCUAUGGAGUUGAGAUGAGAACUGGCCAGCUUACGGUGACUGUGGGGAAUCUGAGGCAGAGAGCCAUCAUUGGUCGCGGAGUCGGUCAAUGCGGCACACAGCAAUGCCACAACUCGACAUGCCUCAAUGGUGGUGCUUGUCUCGAUCAUGGAUCAACGUUCACAUGUCUUUGUAAGACAGGUUGGUUCGGACCAGUUUGCGCCCUUCGACAGAACCCUUGCGAUUCGACAGUGAACCAUUGUGCUGCGGGUUCGACGUGUGUGCCACUCGAGACAGGAUAUCAAUGUGACUGUCCCCUGGGAAGAGCUGGCAACCACUGCGAGAGAGUGGAGAAAUUAUCGGAUGUGAGUUUUUCUGGACAACGCUCCUAUAUAUCACUGCCUGCAGCCGAUUUCCAUUUGCAGCAAAUAUGUUUGGACUUUGAGCUGCGCCCUGUGAAGAACAGAGGGUUGGUGGUAUUUUCUGGUGAGAACACACACACCUUCCUCACUCUAUCAAUGCAUGGCGGAGUGCUCGAGCUCAGAGUGCUCCCAAUAGGGGGAAAGCGAAGAGUAGAUGAGGUAGUGGUUGUUCGUAGCGGACGAGUGUUAGCACUGGGCGUGUGGCAUCGUGUGAGAGCGGGCCGCUUCGGCCAACGCCUGUUCCUCUGGGUCGACGGCACAGUCAACUCAGGCCUGCUUCACUUUGGAGAAACUGUUCUUCCCACCAUCAGUCCAUUGUACAUAGGUGGCAUUCCGGAUCUGUCGCACCUUCCAUACGGUGCGAUGGCAGACCUGCCUGUGCCUCUAACCGGAUGCGUUCGGCGCCUGAAUGUCAACUGGAAGCAUGUGCCGCUGGACGUGGAGCAUGUGUUGUCUGCAAGGAACAUAGCCGACUGCGACGGCACCGCCUGUGGAGGCGAUGUCUGCCAAAAUGGCGGAACUUGUUGGCUCGACUCUACUUAUCAACCUCACUGCACGUGCACUCAGUACUACACAGGAAGGAAGUGUGAAACAAUGGUGACUUGUCUGGAAGUUCCCUGUCUGAAUAAUGGGCAUUGCGUGACGGCCAACAGGGAGCAACCUCAUUGCCAAUGUCCCAAUGGAAGGGGAGGCCACUUUUGUGAGCUAGAUGUGCCAGUGGGAGCGCCCCACUUUAGUGGAGAUAGUUUCAUUGUUGUCGAUUCCAGUUCAAGUCUACAGAAAAGAGGCAAUUUAGUCAGCGAGAGAAGCAGAAAAUUCGACAUAGAUUUCUUAUACGUAAACUUUUCCACUGUUCAACCAGAUGGCAUGAUCUUGUGGAGUUCGAUGAAUGACGAGUAUAUUGGAUUGGGCACGGAAGGGGGACUUUUGAAGAUGGUGUGGGCUUGGGAUGACACGGAGAGCAGCAGUGUCACAGUCCCCGCCACCUGGUUGGCUGACGGCAUCUGGCACAAUGUCGCGCUCAACUUUUCCACACAAAACAUAACAAUGUGGCUCGAUUCGAGCGUACUUGUUUUCGAAACACUAACCAACAGGUCAAUCAACAGCAACGGAAUAUUCUACCUGGGAGGAUUUCCUCAAGGAACGGAUAUCGAAAUAGAGACAAGAGGAUCGUUUUCAGUGCAAUUCAAUGGCUGUAUAAGGGAGUUAGCAUGGUCAGAUCAUUCUGUGGUGACAGAUUUCACUGGAUUCAUAGGAGAGAACAUCGGAGAUUGCGAGAUACUAGAGCCCUGAGGGAAGAUAUCGACUAAAAACCAAUAACAUUUCCAUCUCAAUAAUUGAAUAAAAAUUACAAGUAUUAUAAUCGAUGGUGAAAACGGAAUUGAACCAAAAAUAAAUUUCCUAACAUUGGAUAAACGUUUUUUCAUACCUGUUUGGAAUUUGAAAUUUUGAUAUUACCCAAGUACCCCGUUUCCCAAGGGAGGAAAAAAAUCAAUAUUUUUCAAAAAGAAUAGUGAUUGAUACUACAGUAUAAAACAAUUAUAAUAAUUGAUGAAAAAAUAAUUUUCUCUCUGAUUUAUCCUACAAUAGACAAUGCGAUACUUUAGAAAGAAAGUGAUGAGAUUUGUCUGAAUGAUAUUGUAUGAUGAAAACUAAGGAAAAGACAAAAUGUUUGGUAUUCUCAUUUCUAAAGGUCAUAUACAUUAUUUGGUAAUUUACUCAUUCCCUAUUGCAUUCGUUAUGGAACUUUUAUAGAAGACAUUUAAAGAUAUUUGAAAUCCACGAGAUUUCAGAUAAUUUUUUCAAUAAAUUAUUUCUAUUACAUAAAU